GUGUGGACCAUAUUUUAUCUUCUUUCACGAAAGAGUUCUAGUCAGCGAUCAUGGAUUUCGGCUUACCAAUACCACACUUACAAGUGUCACAGAGAAGACCAUUACAUGAACGGCGCCACAGAAGACGUCCACGAGAACUUUACCGUAGUAGGAGCAGACACAGAGAACAUAACCAAUCAUUGGUCAUUUUAAAUGAUGAUGAUGCUGAUGUACAAAAUGGCUCUUGCAUUGAUCUGACAAGUGGGGAUGAAGAUGUUAUCGAUCUGACGAGUCCUAAUCCCAGUGGAUCAAAUGAUACAAAUGUUGUAGUACUCUCAGGAACAAGUAACACAGAGACCAGGAGGCGACACAGAAACAGAAGCAGGCGUAAUCGUAAUCGUGACAACUCGGAGGAAUCUGAAAAUGAUGUCAUAGAAAUCUCCCAGUCUUCUAUUGAACUUCCCUUACCCAUAUCUUUUGACAGCGAAAUAGAGAAUGAGCCAUCCACUAGUUCUAAUAAUUCUAUAACAUCACCACUGCAAGAGAUUAACUGCCCAAUCUGUAUGGAUAGCAAGAAACAGAUCCAGAAAAGUGGCCGACAGUUGGUGUCUACAGUGUGUGGUCAUGUAUUUUGCAAGCCUUGUAUAAAAGCGUCCAUUAAUACCCAUAAGUUUUGCCCCACUUGCAGGAAGAAACUGACGCUUCGACACAUUCAUCCACUGUUUAUAUGAUAGGGAACUUCUAGAUGUGGUGCUGUAAGAUUGAUAGUUCUGAAAAGGCCAUUUUGAAAGUAUGUCAGUUAACAUUGAUGGAAUGUAUGUGGAUUUCUAAGAUUUUUUCAUUCAUUAGUGCUGACUUUCCUUUGAUGUGCAUGGAUACUGUCCAUCUACAUGGAAGGGAAAAAAUCUGUCAAUUAUUUUUAUGAUCAGGGACUUAUGUGAUUUGGAGUUUCGUGCUAGAUCUGUUGAGCAUAUAUUACUGACAAUUGAAUGAAUAUAGGUGGAAUUUAUAUGUACAUGUAUGAGCAAUUGUUACUAUUGAUUUGAAACAUAGCUAGGACAUACAUGUGUAUAUACAAUAUAUUUAUUUUGACAGUGCAUUAUAAACUUACUUCAACAGCAAUUUGUAUAAUAAAUGUUUGUAAGAAAAAAACAGACAUGCAAGUCUUACACUCCUAUAAAAUCUUUAUUGAAUCAUACACUAUCAAAUAUUAUAUAGCGGAUUUUAACCGCGAGUGUAAAAUUUGGUGAUUGUUAAUUUAAACAAAUUAUUUUAGCAGAAUAUAUUUUGGCGGCAAUAGAGUUCCAAAGCAUAAGAAUUGGAGUGUUAAACUUGUCUGUAAAACCUUUUACUGUCAUCAGAAACAAUUGUCAGACAUUUUUUUAAAAUGCUUUAUUUACCUCCCAAGCUGAAGAGUGCUACAUUUGUACCGUUGGCAUUUUAAAAAAGACUGAUAUAGAGAGUUAUCUUGCUUCAGAAAUUACAUACUGUGAUUGCAGACAUAAUUGGGUGCAUCAAAAUUUAUGUAUUUCACACUAAGAGUAUUGUAUUUAUUAUCAGCAUCUUGGAAAAUAAUUUGAAUACAGUAUUCAGAAGUCAAUGGAAAUGUACUGUCCUUAACAAUGUCUUUCAUUUUAGUCUUCACAUCUGAGACUGAUCUUUUCAAAAUGAAGGGUUUUAGUUGGUGAUUUUUGAUAUCUUGAUCAAGAUUAUUGAUAUUUGAUAGUGUAUGUGUAAAUUAGUUGUGCCUCUAAAGCAUGAUAUUUUUUUGUAUUUUUUUUUUUGUAUAUGAAGCAAUGUUUUUAUAGUUUGUGAUUUGUGUGUACUUAUUAGUUGAUUAACUUCUUUUAGACUGAAAAUUGAAGAAUGAUUGGACAAACUUCACUUAUAUUUCUUUUUUUAAUAAUCAUUAAAAAAUUAAGAUUUCUCAUUACACUAAAAUUUUAUUUAAUGGCUCAUUAAAACACCUCAUGCUUCAUGAAUGAGCCAUUUAUUAAAUUUUAUAGUGUACUGAACCACCUUGUAAUUCAAUAGUCAUUGAUAGGAAAACUGUGAAUUAUUUUUGUUAUGGGAAAGAUUGGAAUCAUCCUACCUUUCUCCAUGUUCAUAAUGAUGUGAAGAAUGGGCUAUGUAUGGUAUGGACCUCAAUGUUGCGUGAUAAUUCAAGGAAAAGUUUUGAAAUAUAACCCAGGAUAGUAUUUACCAUUAAUUCUCUGUCACUAAUUGUGGAUUGAUAACAGAAAUAAAGCAUUUUGUCAUCUUC